AUGGACUUGGCAUACAGGACUGUCAUCUUGGUUUGUUUCAAAUUUAGUGAUGAUGGUGGACCAAACCUCAUAGAGUUAAUAAAGCAGAUGCUUGGGGAUACGUCUACUUUGCCAGAAGUUCCAGACAGAAAGAAGUUUUACAGUGGAUCCAGUAAAGUAGGAGUUGCCCUGGCAGUUGCACAAACCCUGACUACCAUACUCAUUCUUGAUACUGUUUCUAGAAAUCCUGGACUGCCUCGUGUUGAAUUAUUUGGUUUGGUUUUUCUUGGAUUCCUCUCAUCCUACUCCUCAAGUCUCAUUCUGGACUUAGAUUCUGCAGCUUUUCGAGUUGAACUUGUCAGGUUUGUUUACAUUCUUAUUCUUGGCAUCGUACUGUCUGUUCUUCCAUCUGCACUCUUCAAGGAAAAUUAUCAAAUAUUUUGAAGAAGAAAACCUGAGGGAAGGAAC